AUGGUGGUGAUGAAGAUGAAGUUCCCCUUUCAGAAAAGGGUGAAGCUAGCCCAGGGACUGUGGCUUCUCUCCUGGUGUGCCACAGUGGCCGGGGCCAUCACCUUCACCCUGGGCUGCAUCCUCAAGACGGAGCUCCGCAGGAGGGCAGAGGUUAUGGAUAACUCAGACGUACAUGUUGUGCCCAACACUCUCAUGAUUGUUGGUCUGGCCUCUUUGGGUAUCAACAUCUUUGCUUCAAAGAUCUGUCAGGAUGCUCUGGAUGCCGAGAGAUUUCCUCGCUGGAAGAACAUGCUAAAGCCAUAUUUUGCCGUCUCUUGCUUCUUCACUGUCCUCAUGCUGCUUGCUGUCAUCAUGAGCUAUGCAAUGAAGGGCAGUCUGGAGUCAUCUCUGAAGGUCGGCCUGAAGAACGGCAUCCGCUUCUACAAGGACACAGACACCCCGGGCCGCUGCUUCCAGAAACAGAACAUCGACCGCCUGCAGAUGGAGUUUCAGUGUUGUGGAAACAAUGACUUCAGGGACUGGUUUGAGGUCCAGUGGAUCAGCAACCGCUACCUUGAUUUCAGCUCCAAGGAAGUGAAAGACCGCAUCAAGAGCAACGUGGAUGGUCGUUACUUGCUGGAUGGAGUCCCAUUCAGUUGCUGUAACCCCAGCUCUCCACGGCCAUGCAUCCAGUAUCAACUGACAAACAACUCAGCUCACUUCAACUAUGAAUACCAAACGGAGGAACUCAACCUGUACCUCCGAGGCUGCAGAGAGGCCCUGGUCAGCUACUUCAUGGGCUUGAUGAACACCAUUGGGGCUGGAGUACUGUCAGUCUUCCUCUUGCAGGGCUCUGUGCUGGUGAGCUUGCGGUUCCUGCAGACGGCCAUGGAGGCAGUGGCAGGGAAUGAAAACACAGAGAUUGAGACAGAAGGGUACUUGCUGGAGAAAUCAGUGAAAGACACUGUGAUGGAGUUCAUUGAACCUGUGAUGCAGUUCUUCCUGUUUAAGAACCAGGUGGGGGAGGGCUCUUCUGAAGCCCCAGCUGACCCCUAA